AUGCCGGCGCGGCCAUCGAGAAAAGAAUGGCCCGCCAAAUCAACGACGUCGCUGAGGCGCGAGGCUCCUCCAGAACGGGAGCAAGCAAGUAGACGGGCGCGCCGCGCGUCACCCGUGCAGAAACAGCCCGAACUGCUCGAAGCGCUCGAGAAGCUGGAAAAGCAAAGCCGAGAGCUACGCGAUGCGCGCACCAAAAACAACGCGCUACACGAGCGGCUCCUGCAAGCGGAGCAGAAGCACUCCAACGAGCAACUGCAAAAUCGGAGUGAGAUGGAACAACUGUCCGUGCUGCUGGGAAAAAUGGUGGGCACGGUGGAGGAAGGAAUGAGUCGGAUGUCCGAGGAGAACGAGCUUCUCAAGGACGAAAACAACGCGCUACACGGACGGCUCCAGCAGGCGGAACAGAGGUACUCCAACGAGCAGCUGCGAAGUCGGAAGUACAUUCAGCAACGCGCCGCGGUGCAGGAACAAAUUAUGGGCGAGGUGAAGGAAGAAGUGGAUCAGCUGCGCAAGGAGAACGAGCUCCUUAAGGAACAGUACGAAGCGCGGUUGGCGCGCUAUGAUGAGGAAAUUGCCGAUGUGGAACGCGAAGCCAAAGAGACGAUCGGUAGGCUCGGCCGAGCAAAUGCACAGCUUACCAAUCAGCUGCAUCAGCUGAUGACAUGCCAGGCCAAGCCCAUAACCAUCGCCGGCCUCGGUGCGGCUACCUUGGAGAAGGAGGCGAGCGAAAGGCCCCGCACGGCCAACGUGAAACCGAUGACAGUCCCAACCGGUCAGCAGGCUGCAACCGUUACACUGCGCCGCAUCAGUGAAACGUCACUGGCCAGCAUUCGCCCAAUGGCAGUCGGUAGCCGAACGACGGCCAAUUUACCAACACGCCAAACGGCCAACGACAGCAGGUUGGAUCGGCACGACGCACCGUUGCUGCCAUCGAAACCGCGGCCCGAGAUGUGCGAGGCCAUGCACGCUCAGGAGUGCUCAAGCCUGAAGAGCCUGCCCGAGUGUGAUGACGCCUCGACGACCGGUUCCGUAUCAAGGGACGAUCACCUGAUCUCACCAUCACGUCCAACCACCGGUCUGCAUGCCCUCUACCACUGGGUGCGCUCGACGAGCAACAAGUUUCGCCGAGUCGUCUGGGACCGUGCUAAGGACGGACCAGUGAAGGCGAGCGCCACCAGGGCUAACGCCCAACAGGAUUACUGCGAGCUGUCCGACCUGGCGCCCUCGCAACCGGAGAUUCGUCCAACACGCG